AUGGCCUCUUUCGAUGAAACCUUCAAUACUAUUCGUCGUCGAUUUGAGGAAAACAAGCAGCCUAUCCCUCCAGUUACACUUGGCGCCAUCAGCAAAAAUGGUAUGGCGUUUGAAAAGGAAUCCGACGACGCGGAGUCCAAUGGUGUGCAUUGGCUCGCCUCUUCCACCAAGCUGGUGACUACAAUUGCUGUAAUGCAAUGCGUCGAGAGAGGAUUACUAAACCUGAAUGACGAUAUCGCCAAAGUGCUGCCCGAGUGGAAAGAUCCGAAGAUUCUGACCGGUUUCAAUGAAGAGAAUGAAGCCCUCUUCAGGCCCGCAACGAAGGCUAUCACCCUCCGGCAACUGUUGACGCACUCCAGCGGCAUGGCUUAUACAUUCAUGGAUCCGCUCCUGACCCGCUACGAAGAGCUUCAGGGUAAGCCACUGCCUGGCCCUCCCACAUCUGUCGCAGAAAAGUUUCCCCACCACUUUCUCGUGUUUGAAUCCGGUGAACGAUGGAUGUAUUCGCCUGGCAUUGACUGGGCUGGAGUUUUGGUCGAACGAAUCACCUCCAUGAAGCUUGGCGAGUACAUGCAACGCCAUAUUUUCGACGUCGUGUCUGCCAAUGACGCUACUUUCCAUCCCGACCAGCGAGAAGAGACGCGAGCUCGAAAGGCCAAAGUUUGGGAGCGAGUGGGUGAGAGGUUGCAGGAACAGAAGCAGCCUCACUGGCCGGACAGGGUUGAGGCAGAUUUUGGAGGGGGCGGUCUGUUCGCAACUGUGGACGACUUGCUCAAAAUAUACCAAGGUGUCCUGACAGGAGAGUUGCUCCGGCCCGAAUCUGUCAAGGAGAUGUUUCAGCCUCAGCUCGAGACAACCAAGGGCCUCGACCCAGCCGAGUACUCGUUGCCGUCCCGUAACGCUAUCUGGAAUACUGUCCCAGACGACGUCCCUGUCAGCUUUGGGAUUGGAGGCUUGAUCAACAUCACUGCAGUACCGCAACGACGCGGAGUGAACUCACUCACCUGGUCGGGCAUGCCGAAUUGCUACUGGUGGAUCGACGUCAGCAACGGUGUCGCCGGGGUGUAUCUCUCUCAGCUUGUACCAACCGGAGAUGAGAAGGCUAUCGAGCUCUUGACCGAGUUUGAGAAAUUUGUGUACUCGAGUUUGGAUACAUCUUGA